ACGUAAACUGCGACAACCGUGAUUUCUUUGCUUCCAUCCUGAUCUUACCGCGUUCCUAUUUGUCGCACGGCGUGUUACCAGACCACUAAAAAACGUAAUCUGACGUGAGAAGAACCGAAAAGACAGAGAAUGUGGAUAAAAUCGUGUUUGUUUGUAUCGAGUUGCAUUUUCUCCUCGCUGUCAGGGACGCCAUUUUCGAGUUGUCUGCAGAUGCCUGAACAAAAAUUGGAAACAUAGAUAUCGUUUACGUCGUUGGUCGUUCUUCCGUAUAUCUUGAACACGUUGAGUCGAAAUUGUUGCACAAUCGAAAGCACGGAGAAGUAGCAACGAGCAGAUGAUCAGGUGAAUUCACCAAGGUGGGAAAAUGUUGAGUGGUAAACAGAAGAGAGGAACGCGACUCGAAAUGAAGCAAACAGAAUAAGAGGGAGAGGGAGAGGGGUAAGGAGAAAGACAGACCGAGGUAUAGCAAGGCGAGCCGGUGACCGUAGUGGGAUCGACAAAGCUACAUGGAGCCACGACGGCCACUUUCGACGGCAGUAACCACGAAGACGCCAUGACGACACCAUCACCCACAUUGUUCUCGACUCGGCUGUCCGCUGUCGGUCUAGUCGCAGCGGUUUUUCUUCUACUGGCAACACAGGUAUGCAGCGAAGCUUAUUAUGGGAAGCUUAUUGGCAAGCUGUCGGAACUCCAUCACGGUGUCAGCGGUGAAGUUUACGCCGUGGACGGACGAACUCUGUUCAUCAAGAACUUCGCGUACGACGGCGAAGCGCCAACUGCUUACUUUUACGUGGGAACUUCGAAAAGUCCCAAUGGAAAUGGCAUCAGGCUUCGAGACGAGAAUGGAUCAACGGACACGCUGAAGAGAUAUCGAAGGAAAGACAUCACGCUCACGCUACCCGACGGCAAGACUCUGAACAACAUAAAGUGGUUCUCUGUGUGGUGCGACGAAUACGCUGUAAACUUUGGAGAUGUCAGAAUACCAAGAGGAUUCGACUACCCGAAACCGCAAAAACUGGCGGCUCUAAGCGGUGUGCACAGUGUCAGUUCGGAACCAAUCGUGGUCGUCGACGCUCAGACUCUUUUGAUACCUAGCUUCAGCUACGAUGGCGAAGCACCAGACGCGAAAUUCUGGGCGGGAGCUGGCCCGUCGCCGUCACCGCAAGGAAUUCGCAUUCCCGACGAGAAUGGAAAGGUAGUACCGCUGCGUCAGUACAAUCGCAAAACCAUCGUGCUCACGUUACCCGGAGACCUGACGAUCCACCAGAUCGGCCACUUUGGCGUUUGGUGCGAGGCCUUCACCGUGGACUUUGGCCACGUACAAAUUCCAGCGAGUCUUAACGUGCCACCCUCCCUGAAGAUGCUCGGAGUCUCGCCGCAGUCGAAACUGAACUGUGAAGUUCUCGAGAACAGUCAGGCUUUUGAGGUACGAUGGGCCGUUGCCGGAGACAGCAUAGUCGGUCAGCUCGUUGGAAAACUUGACGAGGGACAAUACAUGUCUUUCGGAGUAUCUGCAAACACCGAAAGAAGCACGAUGGUUAACGGAGACGUUGUAGUCGCCUGGGUCGACAAGCAAACUCUUCAGGGUUACGCGGUCGAUUAUUUCUUGGACGCCAAGUCUCAAUGCUCCGGUGGACGUGGCAGUUGCCCCGAUACACGCAUACGGGAGAACUCGAAUUCUAUUCGAUUGUUAAACGCGGCGCUGGUGGAUGGAUACAGCAUUGUCACGUAUCAGAGACCAUUGAAGGCGAGCGACGAGUUGGACCAUCAAAUCCUGACAAACGGCUCGCAAGCGAUCAUCUGGGCCAUCGGUCCUCUGAACGAGAGACAAGAGGUCAGCUUCCACUCGGACUAUUUGAAAACCGACCGCUUCAUCGACUUUGGUAGACCACCGGUUUGGAAUUGUCCUGUUCCAGAUCAAGAGCAAUCUCAGCUAUUCGUGACCAGCAACGAGAAGGUGACCGGCACCCAGGAAUGGGUUACGACUACGAAAAGACCUAAACGUCAACAAGUGACGCCUGCGCCAGCGUUAAAAACCGAUGCCUGGGUAAUUCCACCGAUCCAGUGCAACGAUACCGACGACGGAAAAUUUUACGCUCAGAUGGGACCAACCGGAGGAAAGCACGGAUAUCCUGCUAUCACCGGUCACGUCGGUUGGGGUAUCUCCUGGUACAUAAACGGGCUUCUAAUUCCGGAGAUUUACGUGGUCCGCGGCACUAGGUACACUUUCUUCGUGGAGGGUGGCGAAGAUGUCGACAAACCUGCUCUCUAUCAUCCCUUUUACAUAACCGACGAUCCCGUCGGUGGUUAUCAACACAAGACGCCCGAAGAGAAAGCUAAAGUGAAGAUUUUUGCGGGUGCCGAACGACACGGAGGUGAAUAUCGACCGACGGCCGUUGGACGUAUGUGCAACUGGCUUCCCGAUCAGAAUCAACCCCGUUCCGACGAGUUUGCGACGUUCGGUGCUUAUCAACGCACUCUAACGCUCAAGUGCGAUCCUGGUGAACCAGGUCUCGUGGUGUGGACCCCGGACGAAAACACGCCCGACACCGUCUACUACCAGUGCUUCACGCAUCGCUACCUGGGUUGGAAGAUCCACGUUCUCGACAGCUGCGACGCCGAGGAAACCGGUGCCAGCGAGACCCAGGAGGUGUACGUCGAUCCGCAACAGCAACGACCGAGCGCCGAAGAUCUCGAGAAUAGCUCCAGCAUCCGCGUCUCGAGCAAGGUAACGCCAACGGCGGAGUUUCUUCGGCAACAACUUCAUCAUCCUCAUCGUGAAUACGAGCUUCGUUAUCCCUAUCAUUCGACGACUAACCCCGAUAACGGCAAUCUAAAUCUAAACGCAUCAUACACGCAGCUACUAACGACCGCUAAUAAUAACAACGAUUACAUGCGCUUGCAAUCAUCGUCGUCGUACGAGGACCCGUUCGAUUCGAAGCCUCCGUACAACAACCUCGGCCAUGGAAUCGCGGCGCCGCAUCGUCACGAGGUACGCGUGAAGGAAAUCCAUCACGCGCACCUCGACGAGGAUCUCGUGCAACAUCAUCGCAACCACCACCACCACCACUACCAUCAUCAUCGUCCACAGAUCGCGCCGAUCUAUCGCGAACAAUCGAUGAUGGGAGGCACCAGGUUCGCCUCCCCCUCCUCGUAUUCUCUUGGCAGACAGCAAAUGACGGAAAUCGAGCAGGAACUCCUUCAGCAGCCCUCUAACCAGCAAUUGUCUAACCUCGUUGCAGAUAACCCACGGCCACUGAACCACGGGAUCAAAUACGCUUAUUCGGGUGUCACCGGGCCGCAGAUCCUAUAUUCGAAGCCGUCGUCUCAACCUCAUCGUUACGCAACCAAUAAUCACCAUCUUUAUCCGGUCCCUCAUCGUUAUCAUCACCACCAUCAGCCAGAGCAGAGGACUCAACUAAUGUUCGUCAAGAGGCCGGUGCUGACGCGUCGUCCGAUGUUGCAGAGUCCUCACGCGAUGCCACAGUCAACCCUCCCCUUGCAGUCAAUUUCGAGACCGGUCUUCCUGGAACGAAAGAAGACCGUUUACAGGCCAGCCGUUUCUACUUACAGGAGAACGAUUGAGAAACCCUCCCCCGGCGGCGAUAUUCCGAUCGCGAAACUUAACAAAAUCAUCGAUUCCAACCAAAGAAGCAAGUUGGAAGCCAAAGUGUCCGAUUCCGAUGCGCUGGAUCUUUCCAACGUGUUCGUAACUACCAACCUGUUAAAACCUGCUAGAAAUACGGGAUUCAACCCCGACUCGAUAGUGAUCGAGGGUGGCUUCAAACCUAUCAUCAGAAACGUCGAGGGAUCCGCAGAUGUGGCUCAAAAAAGAAUCUCGGAGAGAACCGAACGAAACGACGCGCUUUCCCGAGAAACUGGGGAUCACGGGCCAGUCGACAAUUUCGAGCCGGUCUUUAUACCUUCGCCACCUGUCCCGACGAUCGACACCAACAACAAGCCCAAAAAGAAAACUGUCAACGCGAAACUGCGUUCAAACGAACACGAUAUGGAUAUGGAUGUGGAUGUGGAUGUGAAUGUGGAUGUGAAUACGGAUAUGGAUAUGGACAUGGAAAUGGCAGCCGACAGUUCAAACGCGUAUUACCUGCCUCCGAUAUCCAGCACGAUUCCCGACGAGUCACCGUCUUCAUUCUCCUCCUCGUCCUCGUCCUCGUCCGAGGUACUGAUCACCUUUGACGGAAAGAGACUGAAAGACUCCAGUUUGGUCAGAUCGAUUUCCGGGAUCGAAGGGCAUUCCAACGGUAAAUUAUCCUCCGAAAUCCUCAGCAGAACCCCUCAAUUUGGAAGAUUUAAGGGAGAUCUACCACCACCGAUUCCUGGAGAGAUCCGCUCGGAUAACUCUCACCUCGAGAAACGUCGCGGUCGUCUGCCUUCGACGUCAACGGGUCUAUCGGUACCCGAGACACGAACGAUACAAAACACGAGGCUGACGCUCGUCGAAAGAUCGAGAAGCUCUCCGUUCUCGGAUAAAUAACACUAAAGUCGAUCUCAACGAUCGCUAUAACCAUCACCGUGACUCAACGGUGCUUUUGCUCGUCAGCGCAACCGCUCAGACGAUCUUACCUAAUUUCCAAUACCUCCUCUUCAUCGUUCUCUUCUACUACUUCUACUAUCUUCUCUGACAAUGAUUCGCCGAGAUUCGCUUCUUAAACGACAAGAUCCCCAAAAACACUUGGAUCGAUCGUAUCGUUUUAAAAUAGAUUCAAAGAUUAUUGGUUAAACGAUGUUUUCCUAACUGACAAUAAGAUACGGCCCGGCUUGGCUCACCUUUCGUCUUCAGUAAAAAUUCAAUUAAUCGCUAACUUCAUUCUCACCGUAAGCCAAGUGCAAACCAUUUGCAAUGGUUGACGAUGGUUCGUUUGACCAUAUCGAGGACUAUCGAUGGGACACGUUUCUAAUUAAUCAGGGAAUACAUCCGUGUCGAAUACUCAACGCGAGCAAUUCAGACACGAUCUAGGAUCGUUCGAUACGGAAUAAUCGUCAAGUUCUACAGCGACUCGACGAUUAUUGGAGUGUUCGUGACUUCGUAGGUAAUGGACGAUGAUAUAAUCGACGCGUUAACACGGGAGAGGAAUAUACAUAACUAACCACGAAAUAUCGAUUCUCCAUUUACUUACUCGUUUACCUAUUUAUUAACGGAGUAUUAACCCUUUAUCGUACAAGAAAAAUAAUUCCUUAAUUACCCCCAUACGAUGCAUCACCCAACGAUUCUGUUUACAUUUUCUUGAUCGAUCUUUCAAACUUUUAUUCUAUUUUAUUUUCCGAUCGGAAAAUGUAUGUUGUCAGUCUAUGAGAGUUGGUUGAAUUUUAGAGUGUAGACUUGUACAUAAGUUAAUUGUUAAUAAAUAUCGUAAAAUGAAUAAGACUUUCUAUUAUGCUUCAUAUUUUUUACGAAACAAUAUGGAAACGAGUUGUAGGAAUUUUCGAGAUGUUUCGCAAAGAGAGCAUCGAAAACAAUUGGGACUGGUAACUGUUACGAUUACGACUAUAAACAAAAAGAACCAGUCCAGAAACGAUGCGCGAUGAAUUUACCGUUCCUUGUUGAAACAAUUAAAUAAUGACAAUUUCGUCGUCGAUUGCAGUAAAUGCAUCGAGUGAUCGUCGACGAUAAUAGGGAAAUUCAAUGCGGAGGCAAGCGUUGUACGUUAAGCAAUAUUUUAUUGUAUAGAAAAAAAAAACAAACAAAUCUUACAAAACAAUCAGCACACUAACUACUGUACACUAUCGUAUGUUUACAAUAUAAGAGCGUACGUGCGACGAUCAAACGGUCGCUAAUUAUUUGGCUAAUUACUACGGUCGUUAAAUUAUUGUACGAUCAGGUAGUUUCGAGUACCUGUUAACGAUACUUACGCGGUGAGAUUGCUUCACCCCGGGAUCGUUAAAAAAUCGUUCGCGAAUUCUCGAUUGAAAAAUAACUUGUUGAAACCGUUCCAAUAAAUAAUCUCGCGAUAUACCACGAUAACGACGUUCUCCGAAAUUGACAAAACUCCAAGGUUUCGAGCGAACUCUUGCUCCUCGGCUUGCUCUCUCCGCUUAAAAGUAGAUGUCUUCGCAAACGCAAACGUCGUCGUAUUUAUCGUUACACUCGUAUCUAACAAUAAGUCGACAAUGUAUUUACAUAUGUUACAGGACUUGUUCCCACCCUUCACGUUCACAAAUGCGCUCAAACGACUGGCGUGUCUUGAAUGUGUAAAUGAUUAUUAAGAAGAAACAGAAUACCUUAUAUAAAUUGUUGCUCGUUUCCUCAUAACGAUUAUUGAUCUUGUUUGCAUUUAAUUCAUCGAAUCUAUAUAAACGUCAUCUUUGUCGGCUUACAAAUUCUCUCCGUUCUCUUGUUCCUCUUUCUUCUCUUUCUCCGCGAUCGAAACUUUUAUUUAUUUCAUUAUAAUCGAGAAAAGAAAAUUUCUCAUCGAUUCGUCGAUGAGCCAACGACUCGUAUAUUCGGUUACGUUCGAUUAUCGUCGCAUGGUUACUCCAAGUUCGGCACGCUUACAACUAGCCACGUAAUUACGCGACUAAUAAAUGUAAUACUAAUUUUAACGUCAACGAUACGUUCUGCGCCCAAGU